UUCUCUAAGGGCCUAAAAUGCAUUUGCCCAGUUGCAUCCUCAGCCUUUCCCGGAAGCAGAUCAUCUGGGUUUGGUAAGAGAGAAAAAGGAGGAUGGGGACUCCAGAAACUCCUCCCGGCUCAGCCUCCUCAUUCUGGCACUCCGUCCCCCUGUACUAAGCGAGCCCUGACCUAUUUAUCUUACUCUGUUUCUUCCUUCUCAGAAACCCCCACGUCCUGCCCCAGCUUCGGGGCUUCAGAACCCUUCUACCGUCGCGUUAGUCGCCCUUCUUCCACAUCACGAACACCCUGCCUAAGCAGGACAGGCAGAAUAUCCCAGCCAGGGAACCCCUUUUCUCUGGCAUCCGGUGCUUCCGCCUCCGGGGCAGAGACUCCGCCCCCUCACCGUCCCAGCUGAAUGCCCUGGAAGAACAGCCGGAAAAGCCUCCGCCUGCUCAGAUCGGGAUAAGCGAGAAGCUGGUUCUUUCACGCAGCUCACUGCGCUGCAGGAACCGCCGCGGCGGCCGGCACAGCAGCACCUGGGCCCCGCUCAGGCCCGGCUCCACCUGGGUCCCGCUCCGGCCCGGCACGGGCGGCGUGUCGGAGGCUUCAGCACCACGGACAGCGCCCCGCCGGCGGCCCUCGGCCAGCCGCGCGCUCCAGCCGCUCUAGGCGAGUUGGCGAGCUAUGCCCACGGCAUGGCCCUGCGCCCCGGCCCCAUGGCGCUGCUUCUCAGUUUCUGCCUUCUCGGGCUGUGCUCAGGAGUCUGGGGUACAGACACAGAGGAGCGGCUGGUGGAGCAUCUCCUGGACCCUUCACGCUACAAUAAGCUUAUCCGUCCAGCCACCAAUGGCUCUGAGCUGGUGACCGUACAGCUCAUGGUAUCACUGGCCCAGCUCAUCAGUGUGCAUGAGAGGGAGCAGAUCAUGACCACCAAUGUCUGGCUGACCCAGGAGUGGGAGGAUUAUCGCCUCACCUGGAAGCCUGAGGAGUUCGACAACAUGAAGAAAGUUCGGCUCCCUUCCAAACACAUCUGGCUCCCAGAUGUGGUCCUGUACAACAAUGCUGAUGGCAUGUAUGAGGUGUCCUUCUAUUCCAACGCUGUGGUCUCCUAUGACGGCAGCAUCUUCUGGCUGCCACCUGCCAUCUAUAAGAGCGCAUGCAAGAUCGAAGUAAAGCACUUCCCAUUUGACCAGCAGAACUGCACCAUGAAGUUCCGUUCAUGGACUUACGACCGCACGGAGAUUGACUUAGUGCUCAAGAGUGAUGUGGCCAGCCUGGAUGACUUCACUCCCAGUGGUGAGUGGGACAUUGUGGCGCUGCCCGGCCGCCGCAAUGAGAACCCAGACGACUCCACUUAUGUGGACAUCACCUACGACUUCAUUAUUCGACGCAAGCCACUCUUCUACACCAUCAAUCUCAUCAUCCCCUGUGUGCUUAUCACCUCACUAGCCAUCCUUGUCUUUUACCUACCGUCUGACUGCGGUGAGAAGAUGACGCUGUGCAUCUCGGUGCUGCUGGCGCUCACCGUCUUCCUGCUGCUCAUCUCCAAGAUCGUGCCGCCCACCUCCCUCGACGUGCCUCUUGUGGGCAAGUACCUCAUGUUCACCAUGGUGCUCGUCACCUUCUCUAUCGUCACCAGUGUGUGUGUGCUCAACGUGCACCACCGCUCACCCACUACGCACACCAUGGCACCCUGGGUCAAGGUCGUCUUUCUGGAGAAGCUCCCCACGCUGCUCUUCAUGCAGCAACCGCGCCACCACUGCGCACGCCAACGUCUGCGCCUGCGGCGGCGCCAGCGCGAGCGCGAGGGCGCAGGUGCCCUGUUCUUCCGCGAAGCCCCGGGGGCCGACUCCUGCACGUGCUUCGUCAACCGCGCCUCCGUCCAGGGCUUGGCUGGGGCGUAUGGGGCUGAGCCAACGCCGGCCGCAGGCCCGGGGCGCCCUGGGGGACCGUGCAGCUGCGGUCUCCGGGAGGCGGUAGAAGGAGUUCGCUUCAUUGCGGACCACAUGCGGAGUGAGGACGAGGACCAGAGCGUGAGUGAGGACUGGAAGUACGUUGCCAUGGUGAUUGACCGCCUGUUCCUUUGGAUCUUCGUGUUCGUCUGUGUCUUCGGCACCGUCGGCAUGUUCCUGCAGCCUCUCUUCCGGAACUACACCACCGCCACCUUCCUCCACACAGACCACUCGGCUCCCAGCCCCAAGUGAGGCCCUCCCCAGCUCCAACCUCCUUCACCCCUCUGCCCACUGUUGGACAAUAGUUUUGGGGGGAAGAGGGAAAGUGAGCUGCCAGGAAGAGGGGCGCUGCCACCGCCGAUCCAUCCUAUCACCUCGUCUGGAGCCACUCCUUCACACCCCCACCCACACAGCCAGCACCCACCCUGCGGCUGGACCAGCUGCCUGUGUUUUGGCUGCUGCCGCCCUCCUCUUGUACCAACCCGGGCAAUAGUGUUGCUGGACCAGGAAGAAGGCUGGGAAGUGGAGGACAGAGACCUCUGAGCCUUCCACCCUGAGGACAGUGUGAUGGGGGAGGGGCCGAGAAGGGGACAGAAUCUUCCACUGCCUCCAGAGCAGGGGGAAGGGGCCUGUGGCAGGAGGGGAGGUGGGACAGGCUCCAGUUAUGCAAUGGUAGCUCAGAAGGGAGAAGCAAGAGGGGGGAGGCCUGGAUCUGACAUCUGUGCCUGCCUAAGCAGAGGCAGCUGGGCUGCCCGAGGGCUAGCCUGGCACUGCUGUCCGACUCCGGGGAGGCAAGUAAGCCCAGUCCCUUCUCCGGGUGAAGAAUUCUCCGCACCUCAUAGACGUCCCUCUCCUUCCUUUCCUCUUUGGACCGGGGUGUGGUGGGCAAGGUAUUAGGAAAGCCUCUGACUUCUGAGUCUCUGGGUGACUUCCUUGGAGCCUGAGGUCCAAAUACUUGGACUCUGUGCAAGUUCACAGCUUCCCCGCACCCCCGACUGAACUGACUGGUUGUUUGACGUGAGUAAACUAAGGAUGUCACCUUUAAGCAGACCCAGCCUUUUUGCCCAGAGCAGAGCAGGCCGGGCGGGAGGGAGCGGCUGGAGGCCAGCUGCGCAGGGAGUGGCGCGGCCAGGAUGGGGCCACAUCAGCACUGCCUCUGCUCCGGGGCUUCAGCGCGCAGCUCGUCCUUCCUGCUCCGGCCCCUCCUCUUUUCCCUCCCAACCAAACCAGAGCAGGGUCUAAGCCGAACUUCAGAAGGACAGGCCUGCUGCUACCGGCUCCCCAGAAAGCACAGCCUUCGGCUUCUUGUCCUGUGGUCCCUGGAGGCUGUAUCCUGACGCAGCUCCCAGGGACCGGCUGGAGGCCACCUGGCCCAUUAGCCGAGGAAACAGACCUCAUACAGGAUCUCCUGCCCCCACUCCCCCACGUGGCUCUGAUUUGUGGGCCCAGUCUGGGCUCAUUGCCUGGUCAGCAGGUGGCUGGUCGCAGAGGGGUCAGUCUGCCAAGUGCACCCGGGGGCCUGCUGUCCCGCGGAGGCCAGCUGGACUCCUGCUCCUCCCGGCACAGCGGUGGGUGGGAGGAGUCAGACUAGGCAAAUAGCGGGGCAGGGAUCACAGCCCGCUGGGGAGGCCCGUCAGCUGCUGCAGAGACAGUCCUUACUUUUAGUACUUCCAGGUGGCUGUUGUCCAGGGAAGUCUGGAUUGCAGUCUGCUCUGUAGUCUGGACUCUAGUCCGCUGCUUACUCGUCCAGCCACCUUGAGCAGGUCUCUUUCCUUUGCUAGAUCUCAGCUUUCUCAUCUGUACAUGCCCGCGUCAUGGCGCUGCUGUGAGGGUGAAGUAAUGUUUGUGGAAAAGCUCAGUCCUGUUCCUGCCUCAGCUAGACGCUUAAAUGAAUGUGGGGUCAGAGCUGGUGGGAAUGGGGUCACCUCUCAUGCCAGUCCCCGUCCCGGGCCCUCCUUUACCCUAUCUCUUCCUCGAGCAAACCAAGUCCCGGGAAACAGGGCCUGGAGCUGGGGGGGUGCAACUGGAGGUGAGCGUUACAGGGAAUUCUCAGGUGAGUCCCAUGGAUGGGCCUCUCUCUGGAGCGUCCUCAGCAAAGUUACAUUCCGUCCCUGGGCUGAGCUCCAGCCUGGCCCUGCCUCCCUUCUGGGUCAGCUCCUCCCCAUGCAGGUACGUGCUCAGGGCCCCCAGGCUGAUCUGGUCCUGUGCUCACUGGAAGGACAUCACUGGAUAGGCGGCCAGCAGCUGGGAAGAUGUGCCUCAGCUCACGCCCCACUUGCCAGCAUGGGCUCAGGGAUAUAUCUUCUGAGGGGGGCGUGUCUCGGCACUGUGGAAACUCCCUUCUGGAGCAAAAGAUUGAGAGUUGCCUGUAUUUUGCCUGGACCCGCCUCAAACUCACUGCCCUGUAGAAACAUCCUGAAACCUGAAGCAGCAGCUGGAAAGGAGCCCUCCCCCUGAAGGAUGCGGGCCUCCCUCUGGAGGGUAGGCUGUGGCCUCCGGCCUGGUGCUCCUAGGCUUCUCACCAGGGCUGGGCUGCUGAGGCUUUCCUGCUUUUAGUACUUCCUGCAAUCGACUGUUCUCCAAGUAAGUCACCAAACGGUGCGAGAGGGGCUGUUAGCCAACAGCUGGCCCAGCUCCUCUCCAUGAGCCGUGUGACACAUACGGAAACCAAGGCCCAGAGAUGGCUGCCUGGCCGUGUAUAAGCACUGAACUCUGCACUUGCUCAUUCUCAUCUGUAAAAUGGGCAUGCCAGAGCUGGCUGAGGGCUGCAGCCAGGAAGAGAGGGAUCGCUGUCUAUAAAGAGGUGAACCGGGCAGGGUUUCUCGGGUGGGGCCGUUCCCUCCCUCUCUGGAUGCAGCCUUUUGGGGUCCAUGCCAGCGGGGAGGAGGGGAGGGCUGAGGUGGAAGGAGGAGGGCGUGGUGUUACCUCAUGUUGGGACAGGGUUUGCACCCGCAGGGCACUGGGCAGCUUUGGAGAACCGCUGUCUUUCACUCUUGGGCCCUUUGACCUCUUCUUGGUGUCAGGGAAGCUCCAUGCUCCCAUCCGUGGUGCGGCUGUCUCUGGAGAGAAUUGAGCACCCAGCUCAGUUCUGGGCGGGGACCACAGGCCCCAGAUCUGAGAAGGAGGAUCUGAACAUGGUGGGCAUGGGAGGGGGGCAGCCAGGAAACACGCUGGAAUCGUCUCCAUGUGCGGUCUGCUGACCAUUUCUGUCUGAAAAGUGGAACUGCUUUGACAGGCCUUGCAGCGGGAGGAAGGCACUCACCUGGCAGUGAGGCACCUAAGACUGGAACAGCUGGUGUGAAGUUAUUGAAAAUUUAAAAGCAAACAAGACACAGGCAGCACCCCCAGCUGGCAUUUUCUGCAGAGAUAGCAGUCUGUGGGGGAAGGGCAAGGUCGUUUCCCUCUAAGGAAAUAGGGAAUGCCCUGUGGGGGAAAUGGGGGCCUUGACUCCUUGUUCUGUUUCCUCCCAGUCCCAGGAUCGUCUACUGUUUCCUCUGGGCCUGCUGGGUGCCAUUUGCUCCAGAUACACUGUCUUUACUCCUCACAACAACCCUGUAGAGAAAGGGCCCCUGUUGACAGCUCGGACCAAGUGACGGCUGGUGAGCUGUGCUGGCCUGAGACCCAGGCCCGACCCCAGAGCCCACGCUCUUGCUGGGCCUUUGAGGCAUGUAGGAGGAAAGAGAAGGGGGUGGUGUUCAGGGUGUUCUCUGGAUUCACUCCCCAAGCUGGAGCUGAUUCAGUUUCCACCAUCACCCUCCGCUUCUAGGCAGUUGGGCUGGUGUUGCAGCGUCCCUCACAGCCCAGCUGGUGCUGGCCAGUCACCCCCUCAGACCAGACUGAGGACAAGCAGCCACUUGGACUAUUCACCCCAGCAGGUCUGAGCGACCAGUAUGCUAGUCACACGGUUCCCAGGGACUGUAGGGCCUGCAACCAUUAGGACAGUGCCCUCACCCACCCUCAGUGCCCCCCGGCUCCCCACAUUGGCCGUGGCCUCCCAUGUCUGUGCUCCUGGACUAUUUGCACUGUUCUAGCCCACUCUAGGCCAGGCUGAUUGGGAGCUCCAGAUUCUCGUAAAGGAAGUUGCGUCUUAUCUGUUAUAUUUGGAAGUGGAGG